GGGAGGAGGAGGAGCUGAAGCGGGAAGAGCGGCAGGCAGCGGCGCGGCCGGAGUUGCAGCAGCGGCGGCGGCGCUAAGACACCGCAGCCUCCCCAAGUCCCGAGUCCCGGCGGGGGCAGCAGCAGGGAGCGCCGGGCCGCCCAGCUACCGCACCUCGGCCCAGCGAAGCCGCCGUCGCCGCGCCCCGGGGACCGUCAACCAUGGCUGCGCCGCCGGAUCCGCAAGACGAGCUGCUGCGGCUGGCCGGCCCCGGGUCCCAGUGGCUCGGGGACCGGGGGGAGGGGGAGGACGAGGCGGUGACGCUGAAAGGGGGCAAGCCGACGCCGCCGGCGGGGGAGCCGGGCCGGGGCUUGGGCGCCGAGGCCGAGGAAGCGGCACCGCGGGAACCUGGCUCGGGCUCCGCCCGGCCGCCGCCCGUUGCCAUGGAAACUGCAUCCACAGGUGUGGCAGAUGCUCCCAGUGCCAUAGAUCAUACCUUUUCAACGACAUCAAAAGAUGGAGAAGGAAGCUGUUACACGUCUCUUAUUUCCGAUGUCUGUUACCCACCUCAGGUGGAUUCUACAUAUUUCACUGGAAUUCUUCAGAAGAAAAAUGGCCAUGUCACCAGUUCAGAGAGCCCUGAAGAGUUGCGUACUCCUGGACCCUCUUUGCCAGAUGUGCCUGGCACGGAGCCGCAUGGCUUAUUUAGUUCUGAUUCCGGAAUAGAGAUGACUCCUGCAGAGUCUAUGGAAGUGAACAAGAUCUUAGCAGAUCCUCUGGACCAGAUGAAAGCAGAAGCCUAUAAAUACAUUGACAUAACCAGGCCAGAAGAAGUGAAGCAUAAGGAACAAUGUCACCCCAAGUUGGAGGAUAAAGACUUGGAUUUUAAGAAUAAAGACACUGGAAUCUCAACAAAAUCAGAAGGGGUCCUUGAACCUGAGAAACCAGUUCCUGUGGAGGGAAAGAUCAUCAAGGACCAUUUAUCUGAAGAGUCAACAUUUACACCUUAUAUAGAUGAUCUCCCUGAAGAACAGCACCGUGCUCCUGUGAUCACAGCCCCCGUCAAAAUCACGCUGACUGAGAUCGAACCUUCUGUUGAGACUGCUACCCAAGAGAAGACCCCUGAGAAGCAAGACAUCUGUCUGAAACCAAGUCCUGACACAGUCCCCACUGUUACUGUCUCAGAGCCUGAGGAUGACAGUCCAGGAUCUGUCACUCCUCCAUCUUCUGGAACAGAACCAUCUGCUGCAGAAUCCCAGGGGAAAUAUAGCAUCUCAGAGGAUGAGCUGAUCACUGCCAUUAAAGAAGCAAAGGGGUUAUCAUACGAAACCACGGAGAGCCCAAGGCCGGUGGGCCAGGUGACCGACAGGCCCGAGGCCAAAGCCAGGUCCGGGCUGCCGGCUAUCCCCAGCCCCUUGGACCACGAGGCCAGCAGCGCGGAGUCAGGGGACUCGGAGAUUGAGCUGGUGUCAGAGGACCCGCUGGCCGCCGAGGACGCACUGCCCUCGGGCUACGUGACCUUUGGCCACGUGAGCGGCCCGCCGCCCUCGCCAGCCUCGCCGUCCAUCCAGUACAGCAUUCUCAGGGAGGAACGCGAGGCCGAGCUGGACAGCGAGCUCAUCAUCGAGUCGUGCGACGCCUCCUCGGCCUCGGAAGAGAGCCCCAAGCGGGAGCAGGAUUCGCCCCCGAUGAAGCCGGGCGCCCUGGACGCCAUACGGGAGGAGACCAGUACCCGGGCUGAAGACGGCACGCCGAGCCGGCGGGGCCAGGCCGAGCCUGACCCCUUCAAGUACCCCUCAGUUGCCCCCGAGACCGGACCCGAGCUGUCUUCUGGAGACCGAGACGCGGCGCCCGAGGGGCCCACGUUGCAGCGGAGACCUGCGGAAGCUGCCAGUUCCAGCCCAAGUCCCGCGGCCGCAAAGGGCUCUGGGCCGCGAGGGCCCAGCGCAGCGCCCCCUCUGCUGUUCCUAAAUAAGCAAAAAGCUAUUGACUUGCUCUACUGGCGAGACAUCAAGCAGACAGGAAUAGUGUUUGGGAGCUUCCUGCUGCUGCUUUUCUCCCUGACCCAGUUCAGUGUUGUGAGUGUUGUGGCCUAUCUGGCCCUUGCCGCGCUCUCAGCCACCAUCAGUUUCCGCAUCUACAAGUCUGUUUUACAAGCUGUGCAGAAGACCGACGAGGGCCACCCUUUCAAGGCGUACUUGGAGCUCGAGAUCACCCUUUCUCAGGAGCAGAUUCAGAAGUACACAGACUGCCUGCAGUUCUACGUGAACAACACGCUUAAAGAGCUGAGGAGGCUCUUCCUCGUCCAGGACCUGGUGGAUUCCUUAAAAUUUGCAGUGCUGAUGUGGCUCCUGACUUACGUUGGCGCUCUCUUCAAUGGCCUGACCCUGCUGCUCAUGGCUGUGGUUUCAAUGUUUACUCUACCUGUAGUGUAUGUUAAACACCAGGCACAGAUUGACCAAUAUCUGGGACUUGUGAGGACUCACAUAAAUGCAAUUGUGGCAAAGAUUCAGGCUAAAAUCCCAGGCGCUAAAAGGCAUGCCGAGUAAAUUGAUAUCCCACCGGGGAGUGGACACAAACAGGAAUGUCUGGAGUGGUAACAGCUCUGUUCUUACAUGUUACUGCAAAUUGAUUGUUUUUCCCCCAGUACCAUAAUCUUAGAGACAAACUAAAACAGCUGUUUUUAGGCUGUUUCUGUACUCUUAGGCUAUUUGAGUCAUUUGUGUCAAGCACUAAAGUAUAGAGAAAAGUAUAUUAGAUGUGGUUUUUAUUUCGUGUUGCUAAAAAAAAAAAAAAAAAAAGUGCAUGAUGGUGAGAGCCCAAGUUAUCUUUCCUUCUUCGGUGUUCUUCUCCUCUCUGCAAUGCUUCUGUAGCUUCUAAUGUUCCCUGUGGCUAGGCCUUUCCUGAGUGCACUGAUGCAAUAGUGGAAAUUACUUAUAUGUCCCUGGGUUGCUGGUUGGAUUAAUCUUUAAUAACAAUAUAUAUAGACUUGUAGACUGAUGUUUUAGUGUUUUUCCAACACACACAAUGUAAAAGUAAAAGCAGUCGACCAUACUCAUGGUAAUCAGUUUUGUAUAACUUGAAUAAAUAAUGAAUAAAUGAACAAACCCCAAACAAACACGCAGUACUUUUGUUGUAUGGGAUUGACGGGCUGACUUACAUGUAUGGUAACUAAAAGAGUACCAGCAUGUUAACUUUAUUACGAUUUAUAUUACUUUCUCUGUAGUUCCUAAUGAACUUAAUCAUGGAAUCUGGAUAUUUGCACUUAUGUACUUGAUACUGAAUGCAUAAAUAAAUGUUACUACAUGUACAA